AUGAAUACCGUUGCGGGAGGGCAUGUGAUGCUGGCGAGUUGUUUCACCGGCAGCACAGCAGAUCAAGCGGAAACCGGCACUAAGUCAGUACUAUUUCUUCGUUUUGUCCCGGCUGGAUACCUGCUACAGCAGCUUCUGUCAGAUGACAUCAUGCGCUCACAGCGAUCCUGGCAACGACAGUCAGUCAUUCGAGCCUCUUGUUAUGCUUUCUGGGUGCACCGUUCAGCGCAAGGUAGAGGCAAAAUUGGCUUUAUGCUGCAACAGAUAAACAAUGUGUAUCUCGCUUUGUGUCCACCGCAUAACAGACAUUCUUCGAGGGUUAAAACUGAGUAG